AUCACACCAAGUUUAGAUAAAGAAGAUAAUAAAACCGUCAAAAAACGCGUGCUGUUAACCUUUAAUUUUGUGGAGAGCUCUAAACGAUUGGAAAGGGUUUUAUACCGAAAAGCGAAAUAGAAAAGCAGGUUUAAUAUGUCUUGGAUAUUUGGUUAUGGAAAAAACAAGGACCAGGUUCCGGAUUUGAGCCAAAUGGGCCUUGGUGUACCUGGGGGUGCCGGCGGUUCAGAUGAUGGAACCCCUAAAGAACCUGCCCUAUCUAAAGCAGAAAGGAGGCAAAUGGAAGCCUAUCGAUUCGAUUCUACAGCGUUAGAAAGAGCUGCUCAAGCAGCUAGAGAAUUGGAAAAGUCGAAACACGCCAAAGAAGCUCUUGAACUGUCCAAGUUGCAAGAGUCAACUAGACAAGUGGAACAGCAAGCUAAAAUCAAAGAGUAUGAAGCACAUAUUGCACAAAUGCAAAUUGAUGCGAAAAGAACAGAAGGAGAGGAGAAGCGAAAGUCAUUGCAGGAAGAAACGCGACAACAUCAAGCUAGAGCACAGUAUCAGGAUCAGCUUGCUCGGAAACGUUAUGAUGAUCAACUUGCACAGCAACAAAGAAUGAAUGAAGAAAACUUGAGAAGACAAGAAGAAUCAGUUGCUAAACAAGAGGCAAUGAGGAAAGCAACAAUAGAACAUGAGAUGGAUUUAAGGCACAAAAAUGAAAUGAAAAGAGUGGAAGCAGAACUAAAAGCCAAAGCAAAGGUUGAUAGGGAAAACCGUGAUCUAACAUUGGAGCAAAUCAGAAUUAAAGCUCAAGAAAAUAGAGUAACUGUAUUAGAGAGUAUCAAGACGGCUGGUUCAGUAAUAGGGACGGGAGCCCAAGCUUUGCUUACAGAUUGGAACAAAGUGCUUGUUGCUGCUGGUGGAUUAUCUUUAGUAGCACUGGGUGUUUACUCGGCAAAGGGGGCCACUUCUGUCACUGCCAGAUAUAUUGAAUCAAGACUAGGUAAACCAUCUCUUGUUAGAGAAACCUCACGGUUUUCAUUGUUAGAGUCUGUGAGGCACCCUAUAGAGACUUUGAAAAAGUUAAGAAAUAAGGAACAAGAUGCGUUAUCGGGAAUAGUUUUAGAACCAAAUUUGGAACAACGCUUGCGAGAUGUUGCGAUAGCAACAAAAAAUACCAAACAAAACAAAGGAAUGUAUAGAAAUAUACUUAUGCAUGGGCCCCCUGGUACUGGAAAAACUAUGUUCACCAAGAAAUUAGCAAAACAUUCCGGCAUGGAUUACGCAAUUUUAACGGGUGGAGAUAUAGCACCCAUGGGAAAGGAGGGAGUCACGGCCAUUCACAAGGUGUUCGACUGGGCCAACAGCACCCGAAAAGGGCUGUUGCUCUUCAUAGAUGAGGCCGACGCUUUUCUGCGUAAAAGAUCUUCCGAAAACAUUUCUGAAGAUUUGCGAGCGACCCUCAAUGCAUUCCUUUACCGAACCGGGGAGCAAAGUAACAAGUUUAUGUUGGUGCUCGCUUCUAAUACACCUGAGCAAUUUGAUUGGGCGGUCAACGACAGGUUAGAUGAGAUGGUCGAGUUCAGCUUACCUGGUUUGGACGAAAGGGAGAGGUUGAUCAGAAUGUACUUUCAAAAAUUUGUUUUGGAACCCGCCACAGAAGGGAAAAGGAGGCUGAAAGUGGAUAACUUCGACUAUAGUGCACUGUGCAGUAAAAUGGCUCAGAUGACGGAUGGUAUGUCUGGCAGAGAGAUAGCAAAACUGGGAGUAGCUUGGCAAGCGGCCGCUUACGCGUCGCAGGACGGAGUGCUAACGGAAAAAAUGGUAUUGGAUAUAGUUGAAGAUCACAUUAGGCAGCAUCGGCAAAAGGUGGAGUGGCAAUCUGAGCAAGAGAGAAAGGAGGCAAAAAGCAUUUACCACUCUCCCAAAGAGGACUCUUUCAUACCUGUUGUACCUAAAGCUAUUGAAUAUAAAGAGAGGAAAGCAAUUGAAUAUCCCAGAGACUCGAAAGAUUCCGAAUCUAAGACAGGCGAAAAAACGAGUUAAAAAUUAGUAGGCGCAAGUGUCCUAAUCUAGCAUGAUUUUAAAGUACCUACGAAGGGAAUCCAGCAGUUCUUAUGUGGGUUCAGUUUUGUGGUACAUUCGGUUAAGACGAGAGAUGCAUUUAUAUGUUCUUUUUUGAGUGACAUUCUCAUUUUUGUAUACUUACAAAAUAUAAGGGCGGACCCGAAGGAAAAACAGAUUUUUUCUUGUUCCUCUCCAAAUUUUUGAGUGUUUGCUAGAACUUUGUGAAAGAAACCUCCUUGCAUAUGUAAUUUGAUUCACACAAUGCGAUUGUACAAAAUUCAAUUCAAUAAUUUUUUUGGAGCAAGUGUCAGAUCAAAAAAUGAGAAAAAAAUUGCUACUAAAAAAAAUCCUGCCAAUUAUUUUGACCUACAAUUUCUUUUUGAUUUAAUUUAAUUGUAAAAAUAAAAGUACAAUUUAAAAAUCUGUCUUUUUGUGGGUCCAAGUGUUUGUUGAUAUGUUGAUUGGCUAGUUACUUUUUGUAACAUCUUUAUAACUUGCCUCACUUGAGCAAGUUUUUGAAUCAAGUGGAAUGAAAAGGUGUUUAUCAAUUUACUGCAAAGUGUAGAUUAUAUAGUUUUUCAUGGAAACAAUUUAUGUGAUAAUCAGGCGUGUCUCGGGAAAGAUUUCGUCAUGUUCUCAGCGUCUUAUAUAUUUUUGUUAUAUAGAUAGCUCAAAUAGUAAAAAUACUUAAUCUUUGGUUAGGCCAGGUACCAUCAUUGUACAUUUUAAAAAUGUUUUUGAAUUAAAUUGUAUAUUGUAAUAAGCUAUUCAACUUCUUUAAAACACUAUUUUCAAUAGAGUCAGUGAAAAGCAAAGUUGUCUAAGGUUGUCUGAUAAUUUUUAAAUAAAUUUAUAAUUAUACAUGUAACACCAUGUAACGGUUGUGUAAAAUUUAUAAUUUACUUUUAAAAAAUCAGUAAACAUACAAAACUUUUAUUUUCACAGGCUCAAU